GGGGCCAACUGAUGACUCGACGGUAGCAUACUUCUGGGCGCCUUCAAUUAUUUGCACAGUCUUGAAUUCGGGUUCUUGGAGAGCGUUUAUAACUUUCGUUUUGUUUCCUUUCGUUUCCUUUGCACCUCACACGAAAGCACGCAAUUAAUUUCUCCUUGAGCCCGGUCUAGUCCAAAGUGUGAAGUGCCUGGCGAGCCGAAGCCGGAGCCUUAGUCUGAACUUUAAAGGGAAAUUCCAGCAGCGUUUUUUAUGGUAAUAAGUGCAAUGACCCGCCAGGAAAACAAUGGUGCGGUAAGGUAAGCUUCACGCAACACAAAAAUAAAGAAAGGAAAGAAAAGGAAAGGCUGGUCUGGUCUGGUCUGGGGGGCGCACGUAAGCAAUCACCCUGUCCACUGUGGUCAAAGUUGUUUGGCUUUUGGUUCUGUAUCGAGUUACUAUUCGAAAUGGGUUACAAAGCAUAAAACCAGCACCCCAUUCCCUCUUCACAAUUCCCUAUUCCCUAUGCCCAUUCCUAUCCCAAUUCUGAACUAAUCAUGCCUGUCCGGGGCUGGCUUGGCCUGAAUUCGAAACGGGCCCCUAAGACUUUCACUCACUUUUACUUUUGUUACCCACUACUGCCCACUACUGCCCACCGCUCCAAUCCGUUGCCAGCGCCAACCUCCAACUGGCCACAACACCAGCGCUCGAGCGCCGAGCGCCGAGAAUGCUUCUAAAGCCCAGCCGGACCGUGGCUCUGGUCAGUUCGUGGUUUAGCUUCCCAUUGACCGCACGCGUCUACUGAUCACACAAUUCCCCGGCAUUGCGGUUCUCUGUCUCUCCUGCAACUGCGUUCCAUCCUAAUCUAAAGUUGCAAUUGGAAUUGGCUUCCAUUGAGUAAAAAUCAAAAUGCGUUCUUGCGGUCCGAGCUUAAUCAAAUAUGUUUUGUUUGCCUUCAAUGUGCUCUUUGCGCUCUCGGGCCUCGGCAUACUCAUUGCUGGAGCAAUUGUGCUGGCCGAUGUCAAUGAGUUCAAUCACUUUGUGGAGGGCCGAGUGCUAGCACCGCCCAUUGUCUUGAUUGUGACGGGUCUGAUCAUAUUCCUGAUCGCCUCGCUGGGCUGCUUCGGUGCGAUCAAGGAGUCACCAACGCUCCUGCUAACGUUUGCUGUCCUGUUGGCCGUCAUCUUCAUCGUUGAGCUGGCCGUGGGCAUUGCCGCCAGCGUGUUCAAGAAGGACCUAGAGAUGAUGGUGAAGAACUCGCUGCAGGAGUCCAUUAAGCGCUCCAGCAGCGAGGACACCGUGGCCUGGGACAACAUCCAGCGCAAGCUGAUGUGCUGUGGCGUCGAUACCCCGGCCGAUUGGAGGGCCAUCAGUGCCAACAAGACGCUGCCGGCUAGCUGCUGUCAGCCGCAGUUCAUCGACACGACUGUCGGGCAUUGUCUGGACUCGCCGGCCCUCGGCAAGGACAAGUACUACCAGGACGGAUGCGUGGGCAAGCUGAAGGAUCGCAUCGAUAAGAACGCCAGCAUCCUGAUCGGUGUGGGCAUCGGCAUUGCCUUCAUCCAGAUCCUUGGCAUUAUUCUCGCCUGCUAUCUGGCCUCCUCCAUACGGCGGGAACAGGCCAAGUAAUCCACAUCGCAUUCCCCCUUCCUGUUCGUUUACCCAUUCAUAUCUCUAUUAUUGAUAACUAUUGAAAUGUAUGUAGUGGAAUUUGUCUAAUUUACGCUCAACUAAUCGGAACUGCAUACGAAGAAUAUGAGCAGCAGAAAGCGCAACAAUCUCACAGCUGUCAACUGUCCCCCAA